AGAGAAUCUACUUUAGUAGAGACAAGUAAAGACAAAGAAGAAUCAUUGAACUUAGAAGAAAGUAAACAGAAAAUGAUAUAUAGGGUUAGUAAAAAAACAAGAAGAAGAUUACAAUUAAAUAAAAGCA